AUGAAUAGACUUACAAUUCUGUUUGCCGUGCUGCUGCUGGCUGAGCUCUGGAUCGCAGGAUAUGCAGAUGAGAGUCCUGGCUUCUUCCUGAAGAUCACCAAGAACGUGCCGCGACUGGGCAAGCGCGGCGAAGCAUUUCUCAUGAAGAACAUGAAGACCAUACCACGCAUAGGACGCAGCAAUCCAGAGGCCUCCAUUACUCCCUUGCUAGCCUGGCUCUGGAAUAUCGAUGCGGAUCCACAGUUUAGCAAACGCCGACUGCCGAGCACUGGAGGCACUGGCAGUGUGGAGCAUGAACUAAGCGUCGUUCAGCCCGUCAACUCGAAUACCCUGUUCGAGCUAUUGGAUCGUAAUGCUAUACCCAGCGAACAUGUCAAAUUCGUGCACUGGAAGGACUUUGAUCGGGCUCUGCAAGCAGAUGUGGAAUUGUAUACGAAAAUCAUACAUCUGGGUCGUGAUCCGGAUCAGCGCCUGAAGCAGGAUCUAAGCUUCAACAGCUAUAUACCCAUCUUUGGCGCAGAUGAUGCAAAGAGCAACGAUUUCAUGCUGUACAACAAGAACGAUAGGGACUUGUAUGGCGGUUAUGAUCGCAAUUUCAUGCAAUACAAUCGCUUGUAGAUGGGCCGUAAGUGAGCAUGAGACAGUGAAAGUACCAAUAUUACCCAUGUAUACCCUGUAUUUUGACUAAUGUCAGUUUUUAUAUAUUUGUAUACGCAAUGGUUAAAAUAAAACCAGAAUUGGAA